AGUGAUUCUCACUCCUCUCUCUGCUAUUGUUUUCCCCUCUAUUGUUCUUAUCCAUUGCAGAAAUAAAGAAAAUGGUGGCACCUGAAGGUGUUGGCGGUGGAGAUGGGUUUUGUUUGGGGUACGCGGCGUCUUUGCGGUCAAAAGAAGUUGAAGGGUCAGGGAUGAAGAUGGAAGCAGGAAAUGAGAAGCAGAAACUUGGGGAAGCGGUUAGGGUUCAGGAAGAGGAAACGAGGGCUGCUCCCGACAACACUGCCGACGCUUGCGGUGGGUUGCCUUUUUCAUAUAUGGAGACGGUGUUAAUAGAGGUGAAAGAAGAGGAGGAGGAAGUGGUGGUGGUGGGUGAUGAUGUGAUGGUCUAUGUUGGUGGUGUUCUCAGUGGUAUGAAGGGUAACAACAACAAUGGGUCGUCUUCUUCGAGUUCGUCGGAGGUUUUGCCCAAACCUAUGGAGGGGUUACACGAGUCGGGUCCGCCACCGUUUUUGAAGAAGACGUUUGAGAUGGUGGAGGAUCCGGAAACUGACUCGAUUGUUUCGUGGAGUGUGAGCCGAAACAGCUUCAUCGUUUGGGAUCAACAUACGUUGUCUGAGAAUUUGCUGCCCAAAUACUUCAAGCACAAGAACUUUUCCAGUUUCGUGCGCCAAUUGAACACCUAUGGUUUCAGAAAGAUCGAUCCUGAUAGAUGGGAAUUUGCAAAUGAAGGGUUUCAAGAGGGCAAGAAGCAUUUGCUCAAGAAUAUUAAGAGGAGAAGCCGAUAUUACAGGCAGCAGCAAGGAGCAGGGAAUUGUGCUGAUUUGACUAGUAAUGGUUUAGAAGUCGAGGUUGAGCUUCUCAAGAAAGAUCAGACUACAUUGCGGCUGGAAAUCUUGAAACUGAGACAACAACAGGAGGAGUCACAGUAUCAACUGAGUGCAUUUGAAGAGCGCAUUCGAUGUGCAGAAUGCAGGCAGCAGCAAAUGUUCAGCUUCUUAGGCAAAAUAGCUAAAUACCCUAACUUGGUUCAACAGUUGAUCCAGAGGAGAAAGCAACAGAGAGAGCUUGAUGGGUCUGAAUUCAGCAAGAAGCGCAAAUUCCUUGAGAACCAAGUGAUAAAAACCUUGCCUGAUGCCAUGGAUGUAGACAAAGUACAUGUCAAUUGCAGAAACCAGAUUCGGAACCAGUUAGAGUCAAUGCAACCUGAACUCACAAAAUUCUCACCUGAUGGAAUGGAAGAGGAAGCUGGCCUUAUGGAGAAAGUGUAUUCAGCUCCCAUUGAUGAUGAAUUAUGCAGUUUUGUUCCAGAACCAAAGUACACCAUGAUGAGUGGAACAAAAGCACCGGACAUGUCUUCUGUUUUUCCUGUGAUGUCAAAGAACCUAAUGGGGGAAAUUUCAGGUCCAGAGAACAAGACUAAUGAAGAGCCAGCAGUGAAUGACUCAAAAAUUUAUCUUGAGUUGGAGGAUUUGAUAGGGAAGACACGUAACUGGGGUAAACAUGUAAAGGAGCAGGUGGAGCAAAGUGGUUGUGUCUGAUCAGUUCCUUGACUGCAUUGGUAUGGUUUAUUUACUCUUUGUAAUUCUUAUGGUUCUUGUUCCUAGUAUGUCUUCACAUGGUUGCAUAUUACUGGUUUCAGAUGAGUGUAUGUAUGGUGGGUGGAUGCUUGGUCUUAGUUCUUCAUUCCUGAUCAGGUGGCAGCAAGAACUUGACAGAAGUAUACUACCAGAUAUGUGAGAUCUUUCUCUGGAGGGAGACAUGCCUGAUCUUAGCUACAAAUGUCCAAAAAUUUCCCACUUUUUUGCUCGUUUUCUUUAGUUAUAAUGUUAUCAUCCUGAGGAUUGUAAAAAAUCUUACAUUAUCAAACCACCAUAUAUGAUAUAGCAUACUGCUAUCACAGCCUGUUCCUUUUCAAAUGAAUAUAUAACAAUUAUGUUG